GAUUUCUAAUAGAAUUUUUAUUUCUUUCAUAAUUAUUUUGUGGAAUUUUCAAUGUGUAAAUUUGUUUGAUAUUUAUCAAGAUGAAAUUGAAAGUUUGAGCGAGUUACCUAUGGAUAAAUUGAUCAAAAUCAAAUCAUCGAUUAAACCAAUAUUGGAAACAUCGAUGAUGGUUAAGAAAUCCGACCAACCGGAAGGAAGAAUAAAAUCGACAUUACCAAUAGCCAUGCCGUUGAAAAGAAAUUACAAAUUACCCAAAAGACGUGGCGAUCAUUACGAAGAAAAAGGGAAGGAUACUAAGAUAUCAAAAAUAUUUCAAUUAGCUGUAACAGCACUUUCGUUCUUGGCAUUUGGUGGAUAUCUUUUGACGUUGAUCAUAACUGCGAUUAGGAGAAAUUCGAACACGGCUAAUACUGGAAACGUAAUCGUAUUUUCGAAUUUGCAAAAUUCACAAAAGAAUCAACGACUCAAGAGGAACCUUUUAAUUUAUGAUCCUAUGGAAAAUAAUUUUCAAACUGACAAACUUUAUCAAGGAAUGAUUAUGUUGUCACGUACUUGCGCGCGUUUCGAACGUUAAAAAGAAAAGAGAACAAAAUCAUUUCUUUUACUCAUGCAAAAUAUUUUUCC